GUAGGAGAGUGGAGCUGCCGGAAGUGUCUGCGCGCCGCGAGAAAACUUUCCUGCUCCGGCCGCGGCCCGGAGCCUCCGCCGCCCCAGUGCUCGCAGCGACGAUGCGCCCCGGUGACAACGACCUGAGCGGACCGGCUCCUCGGCGCGCUGCCCGUGUCUGCGCUCGCCUCGCCGCAGGGGAAGAGGACUGAGCCCGGAGGCAUCCGCGCGCCGCAGGAGCCUGGCGCAGGCGGCGCGGCGCGCGGGGCCCGUUUCCUCUGCGCCGUUCCCUCGCGUCCCCGGGCGUGCCCCGCGAUCGCGCGUCCCCAGCGCCAGCCGCGGUCGCCGGCUGUCCCCGCCCUGACUGCCGCCCCGGACGUGUCCCCGGCGGCCGCUGGCAGUGCUUGUGCCAUGGGGCUGCCUACUCUGGAGUUCAGCGAUUCCUAUUUGGACAGCCCGGAUUUCAGGGAGCGCCUGCAGUGUCACGAGAUUGAACUGGAGCGAACCAACAAGUUCAUUAAAGAGCUCAUUAAGGACGGCUCUCUGCUCAUUGGGGCGCUGAGGAAUCUGUCUAUGGCAGUACAGAAAUUCUCCCAGUCACUGCAAGAUUUCCAAUUUGAAUGUAUUGGUGAUGCUGAAACAGAUGAUGAAAUUAGUAUUGCUCAGUCACUAAAAGAAUUUGCAAGACUACUCAUCGCAGUAGAAGAAGAAAGAAGACGACUGAUUCAAAAUGCUAAUGAUGUAUUAAUUGCGCCACUUGAGAAAUUUCGCAAAGAACAGAUAGGUGCAGCAAAAGAUGGAAAGAAGAAGUUUGACAAGGAGAGUGAAAAAUACUAUUCUAUUCUUGACAAACAUUUGAAUUUGUCUGCAAAGAAAAAGGAGUCUCAUUUGCAAGAGGCAGAUACACAGAUUGACCGAGAACAUCAAAACUUCUAUGAAGCAUCGCUAGAAUAUGUCUUUAAAAUUCAAGAGGUCCAAGAAAAAAAGAAGUUUGAAUUUGUUGAACCGCUUUUGUCAUUCCUUCAAGGUUUAUUUACUUUCUACCACGAGGGAUAUGAACUUGCCCAGGAAUUUGCGCCAUAUAAGCAGCAGCUGCAGUUCAACUUGCAGAAUACAAGGAAUAAUUUUGAAAGCACUCGACAAGAGGUAGAGCGGUUGAUGCAGAGGAUGAAAUCUGCCAACCAGGAUUACAGACCACCCAGCCAGUGGACGAUGGAAGGCUAUCUGUAUGUCCAGGAGAAACGACCACUUGGUUUUACAUGGAUUAAACAUUAUUGUACAUAUGACAAGGGAAGUAAAACAUUUACAAUGAGUGUUUCAGAAAUGAAAUCCAGUGGGAAAAUGAAUGGCCUUGUUACUAGCUCACCAGAAAUGUUUAAAUUAAAAUCUUGUAUCCGACGAAAGACAGAUUCAAUUGACAAACGAUUCUGCUUUGACAUAGAAGUAGUUGAAAGGCAUGGGAUCAUCACGUUGCAGGCCUUCUCAGAAGCUAAUCGGAAGCUCUGGCUUGAAGCCAUGGAUGGCAAGGAACCGAUUUACACCCUGCCUGCUAUUAUUAGCAAGAAAGAAGAAAUGUACUUGAAUGAAGCGGGCUUCAACUUUGUAAGAAAAUGCAUUCAAGCUGUGGAAACAAGAGGCAUCACCGUUUUAGGCCUUUACCGAAUAGGAGGCGUGAACUCCAAAGUUCAGAAGCUCAUGAACACCACAUUUUCUCCAAAAUCCCCUCCUGAUAUUGACAUUGAUAUUGAACUGUGGGAUAAUAAGACAAUAACAAGUGGGCUGAAAAACUACCUCAGGUGCCUUGCAGAACCACUGAUGACUUACAAGUUACACAAAGACUUUAUUGUUGCUGUUAAAUCUGAUGACCAGAACUACCGGGUGGAGGCUGUGCAUGCCUUGGUGCACAGAUUGCCAGAGAAAAACAGAGAGAUGCUGGACAUCUUAAUAAAGCACCUGGUCAAAGUAUCACUACACAGCCAACAAAAUCUCAUGACUGUCUCAAACCUUGGUGUCAUUUUUGGCCCAACCCUAAUGAGAGCACAGGAAGAAACUGUGGCUGCCAUGAUGAAUAUUAAAUUUCAGAAUAUUGUGGUUGAAAUUCUUAUAGAGCACUAUGAAAAGAUUUUUCAUACAGCCCCAGACCCGAGCAUUCCUCUUCCUCAGCCUCAGUCUCGAUCUGGAUCCCGAAGGACACGAGCGAUCUGCCUCUCCACAGGCUCCCGGAAGCCCAGAGGGAGGUAUACCCCCUGCUUGGCAGAACCCGAUAGUGACUCCUAUAGCAGCAGCCCAGACAGCACACCCAUGGGGAGCAUCGAGUCACUCUCCUCUCACUCCUCUGAACAAAACAGCACUACAAAGUCUGCCUCCUGCCAGCCCAGGGAGAAAUCUGGAGGGAUUCCUUGGAUUGCAUCCCCAUCACCUUCCAAUGGACAGAAAAGUCUUGGUCUCUGGACAACUAGUCCUGAGUCAAGUUCUAGAGAAGAUGCAACCAGAACAGAUGCAGAAUCCGAUUGCCAGAGUGUUGCCUCGGUCACUAGCCCAGGGGAUGCUUCCCCACCCAUAGACCUGACCAAGAAAGGGCCUUAUGGGCUUUCAGGACUGAAAAGAGCCUCAGCUUCAUCUCUCAGAUCCAUCUCUGCAGCUGAGGGAAACAAGAGCUAUGGUGGAUCCAUUCAAAGCCUAACUUCCAUAGGUUCCAAAGAGACGCCCAAAGCCCCACCAAACCCAGACCUGCCUCCAAAAAUGUGCAGGAGGUUAAGGCUUGACACUGCCUCAAGCAAUGGCUACCAGCGACCUGGCUCUGUUGUGGCAGCUAAAGCCCAGCUAUUUGAAAAUGUUGGUUCGCUUAAGCCAAUUUCCUCUGGGCGCCAAGCCAAAGCCAUGUACUCCUGUAAAGCAGAGCACAGCCACGAGCUCUCCUUCCCACAGGGGGCGAUAUUUUCUAACGUGUACCCAUCAGUGGAACCAGGAUGGUUGAAGGCAACUUAUGAAGGCAAAACAGGACUAGUCCCAGAAAAUUAUGUUGUCUUCCUCUAAUACUGUUUAGUGGAUGGCAGUAUCUUCAUGGUAUCCAUGGUAACAAAUAAUAAGUGCUAUGAUUGUAUCUGACACAGAUAUGGGGAUCAGCCCACUAAAUGAAAACGGUCAAUUUCUAUCAUGUUCUACACCAGCAGACUAUGUAGCUCCCUAUUAAUGGAAAAAAAAAAAAGUGUUUAAAUUGUUUGCCAUUCUUUUUAUUUUUUGGCGGGUUUUUUUUUUAAAAAUCUUGCCUUUUUUUUUUUUUUUUUUUUUUUUUUAGAUAAGUAACUCUCCAUAAUGUCUCUUCCAUAACAAUUGUAGAAUCUCAAGUACUGUGUUAAGUACCAUACCCCAGAAAUUUGGAAACCAGAAGUCUGCUAAAAGGAUUUUGAAAUCUGUGCUUUACUGUCUGGCAUUCCCUAAGGAACCUUGAAAUCAU